AUGAAGGUCUUCGCUCUGCUGGGCCUUGCCCUGCCCUUCGUUGCCGCCAAAGUCUCAUACGACGGUUACAAGGCGUUCCACAUUGACACGCCCGAGGACUUUGACCAUGUCGAAGCCAAGCUCCAGGACAUCAACUACGUCUCGAUGGCUUGCGAGAGCAACCACAAGGGGUUUGACAUUGCUGUCUCCCCAGAAAGUCUUGCCGCCUUUGAAAAGCUUGGCCUGAAGGUGGACGUCUUGCAUGAGGAUCUUGGUGCUGACAUUGCCCUUGAGGGCACCCUGUCUCCCUACGUGUCCGCUCGCAAAGAGGCAGAUGUAGGUCUUGCUGCUGCUGCACUGCCUGAUCUGUCCUACUUCAACUCGUACCAUCAGUUCCAGGAUCACCUCGACUUCCUGGAUGACCUGCAAGCUGCCUUCCCUAGCAACUCCGAGAUCUUCACCGCUGGCAACUCUCUCGAGGGUCGUCCCAUCCAGGGCAUUCACCUGUACGGUGCCAGUGGCCCUGGAACAAAGCCCGCCAUCAUCUGGCACGGCACUGUCCACGCCCGCGAGUGGAUCGUGGCGCCCACCGUUGAGUACAUGGCAUACAAGCUUGUUGAGGGCUACCAGCGUGGUGACGCAAAAGUCAAGGCCGCCCUCAACAGCUACGACUUUUACAUCAUGCCUGUAGUCAACCCUGAUGGCUUCACCUACACCCAGAGCGGGGACAGGUUGUGGCGUAAGAACCGCCAGCGUCGCUCAAGCUCGAGCUGCGUCGGCACGGAUGUGAACCGCAACUGGCCCUAUCAGUGGAACAUCCCCGGUGGCUCCUCGACCAACCCGUGCGCGGAGACGUACAGGGGUGCCUCAGCCGGCGACACGCCCGAGAACCAAGUGCUCACCAACCAUACACUCUCCGUUGGUGAGGCCCAGGGCAUCAAGUUCUACGUCGACUGGCACGCCUUCUCCCAACUCAUCCUCCUCCCCUACGGCUACUCGUGCUCCGCCAAGGUGGACAACCUGAGCAAGCAGAUGGCGCUCGCCAAAGGUGUUUCCCAAGCCAUCAAGGCUGUCAACGGCCUUGACUUUGUCUACGGUCCAACCUGCGAGACGAUCUACCAGACUGCCGGUGGCAGCAACGAUUGGGUCGCGGACAUUGCCGGUGCUGAACUCGCUUGGGCUGUUGAGCUGCGUCCCGGUCCUGGCGGCAGCGGUGGCUUCGUCAUUCCUCCAUCCAACAUCAUCCCAUCCGGCAAGGAGAAUUGGGCCGGUAUGCUGCGUCUGUUUGAGACCUUUUAA